GACGGGCAACAGUCUCGCAAUUACUACAGCACCUAAAAGCAGCAGUAGGUCCUACAAUUCAGUGCGCAGGUGGAAAAACAUACCGUGCAGUUACUUUGCCUUUUUGUCUUUGGUCUGGCAUGUUAGAUUUUUCUGAGUAGUUUUUUUUUUUCAUAUUUUAAUUUUUUGAAUCCCGUAGUGAGUAGCCCGGUGUCACGCAUGGCUCCCCGGGCGGUCUGGCUCCUGGUCGCGCUUUCCGGUGUCCUGCAUGUGCGCUCCUGCUGGGCUUAUGCCUGUCCGGCCAUCUGCCGCUGCAGCGCCGACACCUUUCAGUGCAGCAGAGACACUCAGCUGGCCUCUCGGGCCAGGGCAGCAUCCGUGCCUCGACUAAGACUCAGUCAUCUGCCCUUGAAAGAAGUACCCACUCAUGCCUUCAAGGACCUGAUUAACAUUACAGUAAUAGAGAUCUCCCAGAGCAACUGCAUCGUGUGGAUAAAGAGACAUGCCUUCCUCUCCCUCCACUACCUGACUGAAAUUUCAGUGCAAAAUAUCAACAGUCUAAGGGUUAUUGAGAAAGGGGCCUUCACUGACCUGCCCAAGCUUGGAUAUUUGAGCAUCUCUAACACAGGGCUGAUACACUUCCCAGACUUCACAACUAUCUCUUCCCUGGUGCCAUUUAUUAUUCUAGAAAUGGCAGACAACAUGAGGAUUGACAUCAUUCCUGCCAAUUCUUUCCAGGGUAUCACAGAGGAGUAUGUUGACAUGAACCUGGUUAGAAAUGGCUUCAAGAAAAUAAAAUCUCACGCAUUUAAUGGAACCAAGAUCAACACACUGAUUUUGAGAGACAACAGAUAUCUCAGUGACAUUCAAGAAGACGCCUUUGAACAAGCCAUAGGUCCAAUUUCUCUGGAUGUUUCCUCCACAGCUGUGAGUUCCCUCCCCCCGAAAGGAUUGAGGCAGGUGAAAUUUCUGAAAGCCAGCUCUGCAUUUGCUCUGAAGACCCUCCCUCCACUGGAGAGCCUGGCGGAGCUGCUGGAUGCCCAGCUCACAUACCCCAGCCACUGCUGUGCCUUCCACUCAUGGCGUCUGAAACAAAGUGCCUUAAAGAACCUCUCAAAGUUUUGUGAUUUCAGCGAAACUGAAAUAGAGCUCAUUGCAGAUGGCGUGAAUCCUAUCGAUGACAUAAACUUUCAAUACCCAGACCUGGAAUUUCUUUGUCGUAACAGCCCUUUCCUCAAGUGCACGCCAACACCAGAUGAGUUUAACCCUUGUGAGGACCUGCUGGGGUUUUCCUUCCUGCGCUGUCUCACCUGGAUAAUUACUGUGUUUGCUGUGACUGGUAACCUGGCUGUUCUGGCUAUGCUGCUGAUUAGCCACCACAAGCUAACCAUCUCCAGAUUCCUCAUGUGUAACCUGGCCUUCGCUGACCUCUGCAUGGGGCUCUACCUGAUGCUUAUUGCCUUCAUGGACCACCUAUCCCGCCACCAGUACUAUAACCACGCCACAAACUGGCAGACGGGGCUCGGAUGUGGCGUUGCAGGGUUUCUAACUGUGUUUGCCAGCGAGCUAUCAGUGUAUACACUGACUGUGAUUAGCCUUGAACGCUGGCACACCAUCACCAAUGCCAUGCAUGUCAACAAGAGGCUGCGGAUGCACCAUGUGGCAGCUAUAAUGGGGGCAGGCUGGGUCUUCUCUCUGCUGGUUGCCCUGCUCCCUCUUGUGGGGGUCAGCAGUUAUAGCAAAGUGAGCAUCUGCCUGCCGAUGGACAUCGACAAUCUGGCCUCGCAGGUUUAUGUGAUGGCUGUGCUUAUUCUCAAUGUUGUCUCUUUCCUGGUGGUCUGCUACUGUUACAUAUGCAUAUAUCUGAGUGUUCGCAACCCAGAGCACCCCACCCGUCAUGGAGACACCAAGAUUGCCAAGCGCAUGGCUGUGCUCAUUUUCACCGACUUUGUGUGCAUGGCCCCAAUCUCCUUCUUCGCCAUCUCCGCAGCCCUGUGUAUGCCCCUCAUAACCGUGUCUCACUCAAAGAUCCUGCUUAUCGUUUUUUAUCCCAUCAACUCCCUCUGCAACCCUUUCUUGUAUACCCUCUUCACACGGGCUUUCAGGAAGGACGCGUGCCUGCUGCUGAGUCGCUGCGGCUGCUGCCAUGCCAAUGCUGACUACAGGUCUCAGACUCUGGCUUCACACCUCAACGUGCCCAACAGAAACCCUCACUCGCUUAGCUUCUAUGCCUAUCAUAUUAAGAUGAAGGAUUGCUUUCUAAACAAGGGAGCCACAUGAUCAUUUAUCCUGAGAAUUCUAUUAUGAACAUAAAGGCAGCACAUGCUGCUCAACAAGUAGCAUUUCUUUAAACUUUAGUUCAGGGUGAAAAGAUUGUCAGUCUUGUACAUAGAAGGCGCUGAUCAUAUCUGAUCUAGGUUAGUUUACAAAUUGAGAAUUUUAUUAGUCACGACCAAGCGACCUCGAAUCAAAGACAUGUGAAGCAGAUGGAUGAAACAGGAAAUUCCUAACUUAUCCACUAAAGAAGACAAAUGUAGUUUUGUGUUGUUGAGAUUAUUUUUCUUAUUUCAUAUGCUAAUGUAAACUUUCCAUCCUCUUUGAACUUGCAAACCUAGGUACAGUAGUUGGUAGGUACAGUAUGCUAUGUGCAAAUAUGCACACUUCACUAUUUUUUACCUAAUGUUUGAAACUGAUAUACCAGAACAUUAACUUUACGGUUUUAUAGAUGGGAAAAGACACAAGGCCGGCCCCAAAGAAAUAUUGCCCAUUGCCCAAAUGUCCAAAAUAUUUUCCAAGGAUUUGUCGCUCAUUUGUUUUGCAUGUUAGUACUGGAGCUGUCACACACCCAACAAAUUAAUUUUAGUGUCCAUGCUGGCAUUUAUAAAUUAAUUUUGUCAUGUUCCAGUGAAUUUGUAUGGAGUAGUUUUGUUUCAAUAGGGAAAAGAAAACACCUUCUGAGUUCAUAAGAAAAAUAAUAUGACAAGAAGGGAACACUUGCUUUGUACAGGGUUGCACAGAAAAAAAAGGUUCAUUGAAUGCAUCACAAUAGUGCAGUUCAGUAUAUUUGAAGUAUGACUAAAGGCAAGAUAUUACAAAUGUUUGAAAAUCAAACAGCACAUCAAAUAAUGUUUUGCUCCACUAAUAAAGAAAACUAUGUUCAGCUAAAUAUUAUACAACAUAAAUUCAAGCUGUUUGUCUCUGUAGUCUGGAUUCAAAGGCAACACUGGAAGUAAUUGGUUGUAACGUCGUAAAUGACUUGCAGUAUUGCUCAGAUAAUUACAUAAUGA